AUGGUGUUGACUGCGGCCCAGGACACUUCGAAUAGCCCAGAAGCGGCACCCGCUUAUGACACCGCCGCUGAAAAGGCUCUGGUCUGGAAACAAGACCUACGCAUCGUACCCUUAUCAGCAUUUAUCUAUUUACUGUGCUACCUUGAUCGCUCAAAUAUUGCGUUAUUGACUCCAGGAAAUGCCAAGGUCUUGAACAAGGAUACUGGAAAUGAUCUCCUCUCGGAAACAAAUAUGAGCAAUUACCAGUACACGAUUGCAUUAAUGGUCUUUCUCGUCGCAUAUGCACUGUUUGAGGUGCCCUCAAACUAUUUGCUGAAGAAGUUGAGGCCUAGUAGGUGGAUUGCGUUCCUCAUGUUUGCCUGGGGCGGCAUCACAAUGGGUUUGGGUGGCUCUCGCAAUUUUGCGGAUGUUACGGGCAUUCGCUUCCUGCUCGGAGUCAUUGAGGCUGGGCUGUUCCCUGGACUCGUAUAUUACCUAACAUUUUGGUAUUGUGUUUCAGAACGCUCUAUACGUGUGGCACUAAUUCUCGCCUCUGCUACACUAGCCGGCGCGUUUGGUGGUGCUAUUGCUUAUGGAGUUGGAUAUUUGAACCGCUCCCAUGGUCUGUCGGCCUGGCGCUGGCUAUUCAUAAUUGAAGGAGCUCCAUCGUGUGCGUCAGCAAUCCUUGUCUGGUUUCUCUUACCAGACUAUCCAGAAACAGCGGGAUGGCUGAACGCUGCAGAGCUCAACUUGGCAAAACACAGACUCCGGUUGGAAGGCUCCAAGAGUAGCGCUAAAACGAUGAGCUGGUCUGACGCUAAGACUGUGCUGACUGAUUGGCGAUUAUACGGCCAUUACGCGAUUUAUUUUGGCAUCUCAACUCCUUUCUCCAGUCUUUCACUCUUUACCCCAUCUAUUACUGCCGGGCUGGGAUACGAGAAUCUAGAAGCCCAACUGAUGACUGUGCCACCUUAUGCCGUUGCAUAUGUAGUAACGGUCGCAGUUUCAUGGUCAGCCGACCACUUCAACGCACGCGGAAUCCACGCAGCGAUAUUCUCAUGCAUCGGUGCUGUGGGCUUCUUGGCCUCUGCCGUCUUACCUGCAGAUGCGUAUCAGCAUCGGUAUGGCUGCUUGAUUGUGGCGGCCAGCGGUGCGUUUUCGUGCAUUCCACCACUUCUUGGCUGGUUAUCUUCCAACCUUCAUUCCACUGCUGGAGCCGGACUGGCGAUAGCGCUCAACAUCUCUUUUGGUGCUCCUGGUCAGAUCGUCGGGGUGUGGAUUUACAAGGCGAAUGAGGCUACGAGGGGGUACCCCACGGGCCAUUGGACGAAUGCUGCUUUACUAUUUUUUGUCAGUGUUUCGUGCGUUGCGCUGCACAUAUACUAUGUGGUUUUGAAUAGGAAGCUACGGCGGAGCGGGCAGCCUAAAGCUUAUGUUUAUUGA